AUGGCCCGAUUACAAGAACUCGAGCGUGCCGCAUACGACGUUAUCCGGAACGUCAAAGAGAUCCAGGAUCUCAGACAUGCGAGGCUCUCGGUCAUCGGAGGCCUAGCGCUGAUGCAUUACCUCCCCGAAUACCGCUCAACAGAUAAUAUCAAUUUCAUCACGAAUAUAUCAACAUCGCCGAGCUCGUUGAAAAAGCGACUACUAGAGCGACCCGGCUCGCCCUUCUUCCAGCGCUCGCAAGCGCUAUUCCACAAGGCCCCCGACGGUCAGGAGAUCCGAGUUGACAUCAGUCCGGAAUGGCUGUCGCCCUACCUCCCCGAAUCAGCCGUCGAGGUGCAGGACAUGCCGGAAGGCGCGAUCCCGUACAUCCCCCUGACGGACCUCAUCGUGUUCAAGCUGGACUCGAGCGGGCUGCGCUCGAACCCGGCGAAGAAGGAGCGCGACGCGCUCGACGCCGCGGCCCUCGUCGACCUCGCGACGCGCGCGGGCGCGCUGCGGCUGUCGGCGAAGCAGGAGCAGGUCGUCGAGGAGGCGCUGUGCGACGUGGCCAAGUGCGGGACGAAGGAGAAGGGCUGGUGGGAGGCGCGCAUGGGUCUGAGGGGGAGAGCGGGUUACGAUACCUCCGGCGGCAGCGGCGGUGGUGGUGGAGGGAUGGGGACGGGGGCAGGAGGAUUACCUGUAUUCCUGGAAGGGGCACGUAGUGGUAGUAGUAGUAGACAAGGAGGAGGAGGAGGAGGAGGAGGAGGCCGUCCGCACUCGAAAUCGGAUCCUUCCCCGUCCCCGGCGCAAGACACCUUCCAGAGAAACGAUCCCGCCGCGACCUGGGACUACGAACGCCUGGACCACACGCACAUCCGGCGGUUCAACUCGCUGCACGGCGCGAGCCGUAAGAGGUCCGGGGCCGGGUUCGGGGUCGGGGCUUCGCAGCGGAUGAUGAUCCGCGACGCGGGGUGCACGCUGACGCAGCCCAAGACGACGCACCACGCGAGUUUCCUGCAGCUGCAGAUGGAGGCGGCAGCAGCUCGACGGUCCGGAGGGUCCGGGUUGGGUAACGAAAUGAUCAGCCUCGGAAGCGGCGGCCGUGGCGACAGUAGUGGCGGUUAUGGAGGGUGUGGUGGUGGUAUGAACGACGAGCACGAGAUCGACGAUCUGUAUUACACGCUAGAGCCGAGAGGGAGCCCGACGGGAUGCGGGUCCCUAGUUACGGUAGCGGCGCUGGGGGCCGGAGCAGGGGGAUACUUCGAUGUUCCCUCGAGGCGGCCUGGGGGGUUAGAAACGGUAGCGGAAGACAGCUCCGGGGCAGGUUAUUUUGAUUCGAGUCCCGGGGAUACGCCUAGUGCCGCGACGCAGCCCCGAACGCCGCCGGGUUCGGAUAAGAAGAGCGUCUCGUUCCUACUCUAG